AUCGCUGUCUUUUCAUUCUUUUAUUGGUCGUAUUAGAGACGGAUUUACAGAAUCAUGAGUAAAGUGCAAGGUGUGAUGAAAUGCGUGAAAUAUCUCCUUUUUGUUUUCAACUUCAUAUUCUGGCUGUGUGGCUCGUUGGUGUUGGCAGUGGGGCUAUGGCUGAUGUUUGACCCAAAGACAGACCAGCUCCUGAAUGGAGAGGGAGCCCCCGAGACCUUCUUCAUAGCCGUGUACAUCCUGAUUGGUGCAGGCGGGGUCAUGAUGCUGGUGGGAUUCUUUGGUUGCUGUGGAGCUGUGAAGGAGUCACAGUGUCUCCUUGCGUCGUUCUUUGCCUGCCUUCUUGUAAUCUUUGGUGCAGAGGUUGCUGCAGGUGUGUUUGGAUUCAUGAGCAAAGACAAGAUCAUCGAAGACAUUCAACAAUUCUAUAGUGAAUCUAUUUCAGAGAAUUCAGAAAAUUCCAACCGCACUGCUGUAGCUGAAAUGUACCACGAUGUUUUGAAUUGCUGUGGUGUCUCCAUGCCUUCGCCUUUGUGUCCUGAUGCUGAUGAAGACACAAAGGACUGUCUGAAUGCAAUAAUGGGCUUUUUCAAUGAAAAGCUCUACAUUAUCGGAUAUGUGGGGAUUGGUGUAGCAGGAGUAAUGGUCAUUGGUAUGAUCUUCAGUAUGGUCCUCUGCUGUGCAAUUCGGAACAACAGGGAGGUGAUAUAGAAAGACCCAGUAUCUCUACCCCUCCCGCCCUGCAGACCCACCAGCCCUUUGUAAUCGCCAUGCCUGAUGGAGG